AAUGCCCAGAAUGCCUACUCAUGGAUGAUACGCUUGCCCCUGGUACCAUGUUUACGGCUGGCGUUGUUGGUUUGUUGCUUGUUGCUUGUUGCUUGCUGAUGGCCACCUGCCUGGCGUCUCUUGUUUCUCCUCACAUGAAUUUCUUGGUGAUAUUUCCGCUUCCCCUUUUUCCUUUGACAGAUUCCCCCCCUCACCCUGCACCCCGAUGGUUCCAGGUAUGGUAUUCCGGAGGAUCGCCGAGGGCCGCCACGCAGCGCCGCAUGCCUCGUGAAGAGCAGCAAGAGCAGCGAGAGCAGCAAGAACAAGAACAGCAAGAAGGGAGACUAUUCCGAGUAUGCCUUGGCGCCACACAGUUUCAGGGCAGCGCAUCGAGUACCGAGAGAGUGACGUGGCCCUCUACAUAACGAUGGAAGACGCAGGAUGCA